AUGAAGGUCGCGUACCAAGGCGUUGCCGGCGCGUACUCGGAGAAGGCCGUCCACCAGCUCCUCGGCCACGAAGGCGUCGAGGCCACCGGCUACGAGUCGUUCGAAGCCGCGUUCACGGCCGUCACCGACGGCGACGUCGAGUACGGCCUCCUCCCGAUUGAAAACUCGGUCGGUGGCACGAUCCACGCCAACUACGAUCUGCUUUUGCGCUACAACUUGCACAUCGUUGGCGAAGUCGACCUGCCCGUGCACCACUGCCUCCUCGGGCUCCCGGGCACGGCCAAGGAAGACAUUCGCACCCUCGAGGUGCGUCCGUGGAACGUCGCGGCCGAGAAGGACGCGACCGAGCUCUCGACCCACAAGUUCAAGUACCUCUUUUACAUUGACGUGAUCGGCCACGCCGAGGACGCGCGUCUCCAGUCGGUCCUCACGGCGCUCAGCAGUGUGUGCAACCUCGUUCGCGUCUUUGGCACGUACCCGGCGAACGCGAUGCUGCCGGAAGCGAUCCAGCGCGCGCUCAACAAGCGCCAUUUCCUCAACCAAGCGGUCGAUGCAGUGCUAUCGUCGACGCACCACAACGACGAGGAGCUCGUGGCCUAUUACAAGGAGAACGCGACGGCGGCCGAGGCAGCCCUCGACCAGUUCGAGCACGACUUUAUCGAGUUGCGGGCGACGUUGCGGGCAAGCAUGCGCGCGCAGUCGCCGGUCCGCCUCAACCCACUCCUCGGGAAGCUCUCGCAGUCCAAGACGGUGCAGAUCCACGGCCUCACCAAGCAGCUCGAGGCCGAGGGCAAGACCGUCUACUCGCUCUGCGUCGGCGAACCCGACUUUAACCCGCACAUGCAAGUCAUUGACGCGGCGCGCCAGGGCCUCGCCGACGGCUACGUCAAGUACACGGAGGUCCAGGGCAUGCUCAAGCUCCGCAAGGCGAUUGCUGGCUACCUCGAAACGGCCAAGGGCGUCACGUACGACCCGGCAUCCGAGAUCAUCGUCUCGAACGGCGCCAAGCAGUCGGUCUUUCAAGCACUCCUCGUCACGUGCGAGCCUGGUGACCACGUGCUCAUUCCAGCGCCGUACUGGGUCUCGUACCCGGAUAUGGCCAAGAUUGCGGGCGCAGUGCCCGUCUUUCUGCAGACUGACGUCGCCAACUCGUACUUGAUCGACCCGGUCGCGCUCCGGGCGACGCUCGCCGCGGACCCGCGCAUCAAGGUCAUGAUUCUCUGCAACCCGUCCAAUCCCGCAGGCGUCGUGCACGGCCCCGAGCUCCUGCGCGAGAUCGCCGCCGUCCUCGAAGAUUUCCCCCACGUGCUCAUCAUCGCCGACGAGAUCUACGAGCAGCUCGUGUACCAGGACGAAGGCGCUGCGCCGCGCACGCACCUCUGCUUUGCGACGCUCCUGCGGUCGCGCACGCUUCUCAUCAACGGAUUCUCCAAGAGCCACGCGAUGACGGGUCUCCGCAUCGGCUACAUGGCCGCGCCGGCCACGUUCACCAAGCCCGCGACCAAGCUCCAGGGCCAGCUCACGUCCUGCGCGAGCUCGAUCGGGCAGAUUGCGGCCAUUGCGGCGCUCGAGAUGGAGGCCGCGGCCGAGACGCCGCUCAUCGAGGCGACGCUGGCCAACAUGGACGAGAAGCGCAAGUACGUGUGCAGCCGCCUCGACGCGAUCCCGCACAUCCAGUACGCGUACCCGACCGGCGCGUUCUACGUCUUUAUCGAACUCCCCCACUACAUUGGCACCAACCACGUCGGCACGAACGGCGCGACGAUCACGAACAGCGAGGUCUUUUGCUCGUACCUCCUCUCGGAAUUCGGCUGCGCGAUCGUGCCAGGCUCGGCCUUUGGCAUUGAAAACUCGGUGCGCAUGUCGUACGCCACGUCGCUCGAGGUCCUCGGCCACUCGAUGGACGCGCUUGAGAACUGCCUCCUCUCGCUCGUGCCUCAGUAG